GCGAUUUCGUCAUCAUCAUGGCUUGGACAAUUAAAUUCUCAAACUCAAGACAACAACCUUACUUCUUCAACAGUGAGACCAGGGAGAGCGUCUGGGAACCACCAAGCUACCUCAGUCAGGAAGAGAUAAAGUCGUUACCUGGAUAUGAAAUCCUCACUGGGGGAGGUGCUCCAGCCAAGGUUCGAGCAUCACAUUUGUUGAUAAAGCACAACAAAUCUAGAAGACCAUCAAGUUGGAAGGAGGCUAAUAUAACACGUUCAAAAGAAGAAGCUUUGGCUCAGCUCAGCGAAUUCCAAAAUGUUCUCAAGCAAUAUCAAGGUCAAGAACUCGCUAUGACCUUUUCCAAACUCGCUCAAGAGCACUCAGACUGUUCUAGUCAUGCUAAAGGUGGUGAUUUAGGUAGAUUCAGCCGUGGUCAAAUGCAAAAACCAUUCGAAGACACCUCUUUUGCACUCGGUGUCCUCGAAUUGUCUGACAUCAUAGAAACUGAUUCAGGUGUACACCUCAUUCUCCGUCUUGAAUAAUUAAUGUCAUGUAUUAAAAGUCGUCUUCACUUUCAAUUGAUAUAUCUUUCAAAGCAUCCUCUGAAGCCUUGUAUAAAUCGUGUAAUCCACUUAACUUAGUGAGGUAAUCAUCAUCAUUAAAAACGUUCAUUAGCAUAUCUAUACCUUCCUCAUGAUACCUGUUAAUAAUGACAUCCGAACAGGCUGUACAGCAGUCAUAAGCUUGUCCUGUAAUCUGAAUAUUGUUGAAGCGCGCUAACAUGCCUCUUAUUUGAUGCGGUAUAACACCUAAUAUCGAACCUUGCUCCUCCCCCCGCGAGCUUGGUGCGUUGUGUUGGUCUGGAUGUUGUAAAAUAGAAGCAAGCAUUUCAACAGCAGUUGAAGCAGCCAUCGGUGCUAAACCUGGUCUUGUGACAGUACACAUCUGAUCCAAUGUUCUAUCACUAAGUGAGUCUGUUGGAGCAACUAUAUCAUUGCAAUAGUAGCAUCCUAGCUUGUUGAUGGAUGUACCAUGUCUCAUUACAAGGUAGCUAUCGAAGCCCAACGCAGCAUUGAUGGCUGUGGACUUUUCCAAGAAGCGUUGGCAGCCAUCUACUCUCACGAGAGUCAGUAAGCAAAAAGACACAGUCAUGUUGUUUUACUAGUUCUUCUAAGGUAUUUAUGUCCUUUUCAACAUUCGACCGCUGUUGAGGAUGUCCUGGCAUCGGAAUACUAAUGGAAUGUCCAGAAGAUUGAACAUCAGGGUAUAUUUUCUUGAGAUGCUCAGCAGCAGAGCUAGCCUUAGGAGCGCCAGAAUGUGAAUCACUGAAGCAAUCCUCGAAUUCAAACAGUGGCUGUCUAACAGGAUUACUAUAGCUGACGCGACCAUUAUCGACAAAAGUGAUGGUAUUAACACCCCAUGCUAGUAAUCCACGAGCGACAUAACACCCUAAAGUACCAGCACCGAGGAGGAGGCAUUUCGUGUUACUGACUUUCUCCAAGUUCAGUUCCGGAAGAAUACGCCACUUCAUUAGUUUUAAAUUGAGAUCAACAGCUUGAUUGGCAAGUUUAUUCGGAUUCAUGGAUGCACUCAAAUCAACCAACUUUGGCGUUAUUUUUCCGGUCGCAGCAUUUUUAUCCCAUCCUACUCCCGUAGUCUGGGUAUACGUUGAUUUCGUAGAAAGCGUACCAUAUAAUCCUCCUGUACUUCUACUUGCUAAGAUAUUUAAGUUGUUUGCUUUGAACUUUGUAACCACGUAGUAGAGCAAAUUGCGAAGAAUCCAUCCUGGGGUAUCUGAAUUUGAACUGUCGAUGAAAGCCAAUGUAAAUUCAUCGUCAUUGUUAUAGAAAUCUUUCCAGUCGUCCACCCGUGCACCGUAUUGUUUACCCUCUUGCUUUUUGGUUAUCCAACACCAAGAAUCGUCCGGCUGAACGCUUUGGAUCUCACUCGCAAGGUUGCUAUCACAUUCAGUGAGCUUACCAUACCAUUGCGCUUCCUUAUCUUUAUCAAUUAUCGCAGGCGUCGCGGCUAAAUAGUGAAACCUGAAUUUCUUGAUAUCAGAAAAGGUUAUAAGGAGAAUUCGGUUAAGAUCGUCAACUGUUGUAGCCUUCUUUAUGAGAUCUAGAGACUGCUCAAAGAGCCGUACUUUAUCGCAUUUCUUGAAUUCUUCUAAUGUGUUAUAGUUCUUGACGAUACCUUUCACGGGUAUGCAAUUUGGAGGUGGUGUAUCUAUUCCUUCUAUCAGAAUGUAGGAUCCACUGUCGACUAGCUCUCCUGUUUUCCGAUCUAGCGUCUGUCGUGAUGGUAGAUAGCCCGCGUUGAUCGCCACAGGGCUAUCGUCUAGUUUCUGAUCAUUAACUUUAAAAUUGCUAAGAGCGUGCCAGAAUUCCU